AUGAACCACCCCCAACUUCAUAAGAUCAAUGAGAAAUUGGGAAUGGGAGGAGGAGCCGACCACAAGAAAGAGGAAGAAAAACACCACAAAGUCGAGGAGAAGAAGCACGAGGAGAUCAAGAAGCACGGUGAUGAUGGCAGCAUGAUGGACAAGAUCCACGGUGACAGCGAUGAGAAGAAGCACAACAGAGAGAAGAAGGAGAAGAAUAAGAAGCAUAGUGAGGACAGGAAGGGUCACGAUAAUGGGAGCAGCAGCAGCGACAUCGAUUAG